CAGAAGAUCUUCAUGUAACUGGCUGAAAAAUGGUUCUGCAAGAUGACAGCACCAACUCUAACACUGUUAAAAUGGAGACUGUCUUCACUUUGACAUGAUGUGUGAAGUUUGUUAGCUUUUUUUUGUUUUUUUUACAGUUACUGUGGAAGGUUACAAAUGGUGUGGGUUUUUAUCAUGAAUCGAAUGAGCUCCCAGAGCAGUUCAUCCACUCAGCGUAGGCGAAUGGCUCUAGGAAUUGUCAUUCUUCUCCUCGUUGACGUGAUAUGGGUUGCCUCUUCAGAACUCAGUUCUUAUGUUUUUACAAAGUACAACAAACCUUUUUUCAGUACGUUUGCAAAAACAUCCAUGUUUGUUCUAUACCUCUUGGGAUUUAUUGUUUGGAAACCAUGGAGGCAACAGUGUACUCGUGGAUUUCGUGGAAAGCAUGCAGCUUUUUUUGCAGAUGCUGAAGGUUAUUUUGCUGCUUGUACAACAGAUAACACUGUAAACAGUUCUCUGAGUGAACCUUUAUAUGUUCCUGUAAAGUUUCAUGAUUUGCCAACUGAAAAAAAUGGCAGUAAUAAUAGUGAUGCAGAGAAAACUCCCAAAAAGCCUCGUGUAAGGUUCAGUAAUAUUAUGGAGAUUCGACAGCUCCCAUCGAGCCAUGCAUUGGAAGCAAAGUUGUCUCGUAUGUCAUAUCCAACUGUUAAGGAGCAGGAAUCAAUAUUAAAAACUGUAGGAAAACUCACUGCAACUCAAGUAGCAAAAAUCAGCUUUUUCUUUUGCUUUGUGUGGUUCUUGGCAAACUUCUCUUACCAAGAAGCUCUGUCAGAUACCCAAGUCGCUAUAGUUAAUAUCUUGUCUUCAACCUCUGGGCUUUUUACUUUAAUCUUAGCUGCAGUCUUUCCCAGUAACAGUGGAGAUAGGUUUACCCUGUCCAAAUUAUUAGCCGUUAUUUUAAGCAUUGGUGGUGUGGUACUUGUUAACCUUUCUGGAUCUGAGAAGUCUACUGGAAAAGAUACAAUAGGUUCCCUUUGGUCUCUUGUGGGAGCAAUGCUGUAUGCUGUGUACAUAGUAAUGAUAAAAAGGAAAGUAGAUAGAGAAGAUAAACUUGACAUACCAAUGUUCUUUGGUUUUGUAGGGCUGUUUAAUCUGUUGCUGCUGUGGCCAGGGUUUUUCCUGCUUCACUAUACUGGGUUUGAAGCAUUUGAGUUUCCCAAUAAGCUGAUAUGGAUGUGCAUUGUCAUUAAUGGCCUUAUUGGAACAGUUCUGUCAGAGUUCCUCUGGCUGUGGGGCUGCUUUCUUACCUCAUCACUGAUAGGCACACUUGCGCUAAGCCUUACAAUACCUCUGUCCAUAAUAGCUGACAUGUGCAUGCAAAAGGUGCAGUUUUCCUGGUUAUUUUUUGCAGGGGCAGUCCCUGUAUUUUUUUCUUUCUUCAUUGCAACUCUCUUAUGUCACUAUAACAACUGGGAUCCAGUGAUGGUGGGAAUCAGAAGAAUUUUUGCCUUUAUUUGUAGAAAACAUCGAAUUCAGAGAAUGCCGGAAGAAAGUGAGCAGUGUGAAAGUCUCAUUCCUAUGCACAGUGUUUCACAAGAUGGAGACAGUUGUUGUUCAUAGACAAAAGUUUAAAAAUGGAAUGAUGCCCAGCGAAGAGACAAUCUUCUGGAAAAGUCCCUAAGGAAUGAUGUUUCAGUGCCUAUUCUGAAUUUAGUAAAAAUAAGAAGUUUCAGUUCUUUUGAAACUCUAAACUUUUCCUCUUUCUUGCUUUCAUCUGGUUUUAUAAAUGAACAAAUUUACUACAUACCUAUCACCAUAGGGAGUCUUAGUCCAUCUGAGCAACCAACCUGCCUUAUAACACUGAGCUGGUGAAGUUACUUCACAAAAUCAAGAAAACAAAUGCUGUUAAGUAAUUUCUUUCUUUUUUUAACUCACAAUUUUGUUAAAUGCUGGACAAAAUUUUAAAAAAUACUUUCAAAUGAGUUAUGUAAAUAAAUUUGCAGGUCAUCAAGUCUUACAGGCUUUCAGAUGAAAAGCUAAAUAGAUGUUACCUGUAGUAGGUACAAAUUAACUUUUUUAUGUUGUAUAAACUAUUUGCAUAUUAAUAGAAGAAAAUAGAGAAAUAAUUUAU